UUGUGUAGAGGUUGGUCCGUGGGCAGGUGUUUAUGCAGGGGUUGGCCCGUGGGCAGGUGAAUGUGCAGGGGUUGGCCCAUGAGAAGGACUGGUGUGUGUGAGGCACAGCGGGUGGAUGUCCUCAGCCCCAGAGCAUUCCCUGUGUCACCGCAGCCGCCAUGGAGGUGAGCCACUCGGUGAAGGAGCGCACCAUCGCCGAGAACAGCCUGGUGAUCCUGCUGCAGGGCUUGUGCGGCCGCGUCACCACCGUGGAGCUGCGUGACGAGAGCGCGGCCACGGGGCGCGUCACCAGCGUGGACGCCUUCAUGAACGUGCGCCUGGCUGAGGUGACCUUCACGGACAGGCAGGGCGCCGUGUCCCAGCUGGACGAGCUCUUUGUGACCGGCAGGAAUAUCCGCUACGUGCACAUCCCUGACGAGGUGGACAUCCGGGCUACCAUCGAGGAGCAGCUGCAGGCCAUCCACAGGGUGCGGUACUUUGGGGGUCGUGACAAGGGCCGCAGGGAGUUCCUUCAUACCAAGCACAAGUGAGGACCUGGUGCUGCCUGCAGCAGCCAGGAUGGACUCAGAAUGGGCCUGGGAUGGACGUGCCCCUUUGAUGGACUGCCAGCCCCCUCCAUGCCAGCCACCCUGCCCAACACCAUCCCCCAGGAACAUUUUCCUCAAGAGACUUAGGGCUCUGCUGUUCCCUCCACCGGUGCCUGCAGAGGAGCAGGACUGUUUUUUGUAGUGAAUAACACCACUUAAAUGCUC